AUGAGCUCUCCAAGCUUUGUUGAGAAGCAUUGGAGUGAUGAUGCUCCUAUAGAUACCGACAGCGAGACGAUUGGAGGCUUCGACGGUGGCCGCCGAAGCUACGUUAGUGUUGACACUGAGGCAUCCGCUGAACAGGUUUCGUCUUCAGAACAAGAUGAGCCACAAACAUUGCAGGUGCGUGAUCGUGGACCAGCAUCUCUUGAGUCACAGAGGUACUAUCAUCUGGUCCAUGCUGAUGACAUGACCCCGUUACAGCAACCACGUUAUUCUCGACAUAUCAAAGGGAAGUUAUCGACAGAAAAAUACCACGCUUCGUCUGUGAAUCCGUCUGGACACCGUGAGAGUGACUUCGAUGAGGGCGUUAGUGAUGAGGCUGCGGAGGAGUUUGGCCCCCGCGGCAAAAGCAGUGGGAGCAGCCGUAGUCGAAGUCCGAGCGCUUAUCACAUGGAUCCUGAUGCGACGGUCACAGAGUACCGACCGUUCUCUUCGUACACGAUACAAGGACGUAAAAAUGAACGUUCUCCGCGCCUUGUAUCAUCCAAGAACUCAAUGGCAUCAACGCACCGUCUCCCACUUCGUGCGAAUGCGCCUCAUUUGCGUGAUCCGUACCAUGUGGAUGAGCGGUCGCCGCUUCUGCAGAUGCAUGGGCGAGGCUCUGAAUACCAACAGACGUUUAUGACACCUAAAAGCGUUCAAGAGCGGGAUCAGUCUCAAAAAAGCACUUUUUGUCAGACAUGGUUCAAUACGGUAAAUGCUCUCAUUGGCGUGGGUAUUCUUUCGAUGCCUCUGGUGUUUUCACAGUGUGGGUGGCUAGGUGGCUUCAUGCUUUUUAUGCUGUGCGGUGGUGUAACGAAUUGGAGUGGCAAGUUACUUGCGCGUAUCCUACGUCGUGAUCCGAAAUUACAAACAUAUGUGGACAUUGGCACAUAUGCUUUAGGCCCGGGCGUUCGUGUGUGGAUCAGCGUUCUAUUUUGUAUGGAGAUGUUUAUGGUGGCUGUGGCACUAAUUAUCCUGUUUGGUGACAGCUUGGCUGUCCUUGUGUAUGGCUACCGACAAGAACCGAGCCCUGCCACGAUGAUACUGUUCAAGGUCGUUGGCUUUGUCGUGGCAAUGCCAACUUUGUUUCUUCCGCUCUCGUUCUUAUCGCCUAUCUCGCUUCUGGGACUGUCUAGCAUUCUUUUCUUGUUCGCCGUGCUGUUGUUGGAUGGUCUCAUGAAACGUUCGGCGCCUGGGAGUUUGUGGGAGCCUGCAUCAACUACUUGGAUGCCUAAAUGGUCCGGGAUGGGCCUUGGCUUUGGCUUACUUAUGUCCGGGUAUUCUGCGCAUCCCAUCAUCCCGUCUUUGUAUCGUGACAUGCAGGACCCAAGCAAAUUUGAUCGGAUGUUGAAUGUAGCAUAUGCUACCACGGCAUUUUUGUACAUGGCAGUGGCAUCCACCGGAUAUCUCAUGUUCGGGGAUCAAGUGUCUGAUGAAGUCAGUACUGAUCUGGCGCGCACACCCGGCAUGCCUGCCGCAUUGACAACGGCAUGUGUGUGCCUUCUCGUCAUCAAUCCCGUCACUAAGUUUGGACUCGCUCUUCGACCGGUGCAAGGUCUCUUUGAGUCCCUUUUAGGCGUAUCGCAAUCUAUGUCUGAACAAGAGAGCGAUAUGAGUCAUCCCGCCUGCAACGAAAGAGGAAGCAAUUUUUUUCAAUCCAAUUCGCACAUUCAGCAGGCUGCAGCGCAUAGCCUAGAGGUGGUCACACAUCCCUCGCUCAUUAAACGCUACGCGUCCAUGCUAGGGUCCCGUCUAUGUCGCCUUAUUCUUGGUCUUGUACUUUCUGGCUUGGUGCUCAUGACGGCCAUUGUUUUCCCGAGUUUGGAACGAGUAAUGAGCUUCCUUGGCGCGUGCCUCGCGUUCUCCACAUGUAUUCUAGGUCCCUUCGUUGCAAACAUGGCCGUCUUUGCUUCGGAGCAAUCUGGUCUCUCCAUUUUGGUCGACUGCGUCAUUUUAAGCGUGUCCUUCUUGCUUUGUAUUUUGGGCACAAUUUCGUCUAUUCGUUCUGUCGAUUGA